GAAGAGUAGAAGCUCCUCUUCCGCAGCACCUCUGCAUGUGUGCAUUCUACCUGCCACAUAUCUACAAGGGAGUUUCUUCAGACCGCAGAGGAACCUGUGAACUGUCAGAAUAUUAUAAGUCUUUCCUUGAGAUGUCAGCCAAGAGCUUCAGUGUAGUCACAGUUGCUGCUGUGCUUAUUUUCUUCCUAAAGACACCAGUCUCAAUGCAAGCUCCAUUGAAUGGGUCAAAAUGGUCUUAUAUUGGUCCUGAUGGAGAGAAGGCCUGGCCAAAGAAAUACCCAUUUUGUGGAGGAAUAUUCCAGUCACCAAUAGAUUUUCACAAAGAUAUUCUCCAGUACGAUUCUAAUCUCUUACCUUUAGAAUUCAUAGGCUAUAAUGUGUCCUCCACUGACCAGUUUACAUUGAUCAAUAAUGGUCACUCAGUGAAAAUGUACCUGUUGCCUACUAUGUACAUCAGAAGCCUCCCAUUUGAAUAUACAGCAUCUCAACUUCACCUCCACUGGGGAAACAGAAACAAGUCAGAAGGCUCAGAGCACACAGUCAGUGGGAAGCACUUUGCAGCAGAGCUGCAUAUUGUACAUUAUAAUUCAGAGAAAUAUCCAGAUGUAACAGCAGCAAUGGACAAAGCAGAUGGACUGGCGGUUUUGGCUAUUCUUUUUGAGAUUGGACCCUUCAACCCAUCCUAUGAAAAGAUCUUCAGGCACUUCCGGAAUGUGAAAUACAAGGAUCAGAUGGUCCAAGUCCCUGGUUUCAAUAUCCAAGAACUGCUUCCUGAAAGACUGGAUGAGUACUAUCGCUAUGAAGGAUCCCUGACAACUCCUCCCUGCUACCCUAGCGUCCUCUGGACAGUUUUCCGACACCCCGUUAAAAUUUCACAUGAGCAGUUACUGGCACUGGAAACAGCCAUGUACUGCACAGAGAGUGAUGACCCAGAACCCCUGGAAAUGGUUGAUAACUUCCGGAAAGUUCAGGAAUUCCAUGAAAGACUGGUGUUUAUCUCAUUCCGUGAAGGUUUUGUUGUUUCUGUUGUGAUAGCCUGUGUUUUGGGAGUGCUCAUCAUUCUUGCAGUAGCCUUCUGCCUACUGAAGAGGAAAAGCUGCAAAAAGGAAGGCAAAGACAACAGAAGAGUCAUCUACAAACCAGGCACACACAAGGAGGAAGACUAUAUCUCCAAACUUUGAUGCCCUGCUCUGUCCCAGAAGACCCUUUUCAUUCAUAGCACUGAUUUAUUUUGUGUUGUUCAAACAUCUCUCUUGUUCUUGGCUGAUGGAAGGCCCCAAGAGUGUUCUAAAAAGGUACUGGCCACAAGUUUUCCAUAUCCCUUGUGGUCUUGUUUUCCAGGGAGAUAGGAUCAGUGAACACUCCUGAGCUGAACUCCUCACAACAUGCUUUUCAUGUUUGCUGCUUACUGAGUCCUGCUCUUUUAAUUGAUUUCACAGUUAAUCCUAAACUCCAAUGUUAUGGUUUGUUUAGCACAGAUGCUACAGAAUUCCUCUUGAAUUAGAUAUCUGAGUGGGAGUCUCGCAUCCUUGUACUUCAGUACACAGGCAGGGAUUGAGCACAGGUUUAUACCUAAAAUAACUUCAGGUCUGAAUGCUGCUAAACAUGACCUGGGAAGGUCUAAGCCAAACUUUACACUUAGAUUCUACAUUGAGUAGCACCAGUGUAUAUGUGAUUUAAAAUAAAUAAGUUGAUAUUGUAUGUGUUUUCUCUUUUACAGAUGGUAGAUGCACACUUACGUUUUAGAUUCUCCCCCUUCCACCUCUAAAAAAACUGUUUUAUGUCAAAAGCAAGCUUUUGAGUGAAAGGAGAAAUAACUUAUUACUACUUACUGUACAUGAAAUUUAUAAGCAGAAAUUUAAUCUUACAACUAAUUACAUUGCAUUCGCCACAGUUUUUAUCUUGCACAAACAAGCACAUAAAGAUCAUCUUUUUGAAAUGUUUGGAAUUUACUUAAAAAGCAUCAUUUGUGCGCUCUGGGGAACAUUACUUACUCUUUGAAUGCAGGUGUUUAAAGACAAGAAAUGACAAUAAAUUUUUAUGGUGUUUC